UAGAGAGAGCACGUUGAAUAAAAAUUAUUUUUAUACAUUGUACAAAAUGGAUUACAAAUAUCUUCUUGUAUUAAACGCAUUGUGUCAAUGCUUGGCAGAAAAUCCUCGUGAAGCACUGGAAUCGCCUCUAAUAUCAGAUCUUUUUAAACACUACGAUGUAAAAGUUAGGCCUAUAUAUAAUUAUUCGGAGCCAGUUUUUGUCACUGUAGGUCUUGUACUUAGACAAAUUCAAAAUUUAGAUGAAAUUCGACAGUCACUGAAAACAACAGUUAACCUACAACUGUUUUGGAAGGACGAGUUUCUGACUUGGAACGAAUCAAAUUAUCAUGGGAUAUCUAAGAUCAUUUUUCCGUACAACAAAAACAUUUGGAUUCCAGACUUGAUAAUAGUCAAUGAAGUAAAUACACCUGGUAUGAUUGGAUUAAAAGAUGCCUUUGUACGGAUUUACAGCAAUGGACAAGUUUUUGUGUGGACUCAAAUCAACAUAGAAACUUAUUGUGAAAUUAAUACAAAGCAAUAUCCAUAUGAUGAACAAACGUGCGAUAUUGCUUUUAGUAAAUUUAUGACUUCAGAUGAUAUUGUAAAGCUUCAACCCAGGAUAAAUGGAAUUGAUUUAAGUUUCUAUGCUGAAAUAGCAGAGUGGAAUGUCAAAAAUAACUAUGUUACACCAAGAUUAAUUCAGAUCAAUGAAUCAGUAGACUCCUUAAAUAUUUUGUCUAAUUAUACACGUAUAAAGUUCUCAAUUACAUUACAACGCUCCUGCAAACUUUGCAUUCUGAACGUUAUUCUACCAGUGCUGGUCCUUGCUUUUCUAGACUUGCUUGCAUUUUUUGUACCAUCUGAAAGCGGUGAGAAGACAAGUUUUCCCUUAUCUCUUUUUCUUACAUUAGCUGUUUUUCUUACGAUAAUUACACAGUCAUUGCCGGAAUCUGUUGAUGGAGUGUCUUAUCUUGGAUCAUAUGUGACGUUCCAACUAGCUGCUAGCGGAAUAACCCUAAUGUCGGCAGUGAUUUCUUUGCAGAUUCAUUACGGCGCACACUGUUCCACACGCAUGUCUAAACUACUUUCGUUUGCUGAUUGUCUUGAGCAAUUCGGAAACCGGACGGCUCUCCGAAAGAAACAUGAUUCGAAAAGUAAUGUAUACGAUCUUCAAGAUCUUAAACGUGAACAAGAAAUUUCAAAGGAAGUAAACGUAGAAGCUGAAACUAAAUUUAAAAAUGUUUCAGCACAGUUUGACCGUUUAAUGUUCAUUGUGAUUCUAUUUUGUCAAAUUAUUGCUCUUACAAUUUUUCUUGCUUGUGUAUUUUUUUAAUUUUAUUUCAUGCAUUUGUGAAAUAAUGUUACCAAUUUCAAUUUUUUAUUUAUGUAUACUCAGUUGCAAAAACGUGUGCAGUUUGUUACAUGUUUUGUUCAACCAAUCUAUGGAUCAACGCAAGUGUUUGAGAUUGCAAAGAACUGACGUAACGGCAUAUAGAGAUGGAUUUGAAUGUUGUUCUAUUCAAAAGUUCAAGUAUUCAAAGACAAUAGGCUUUACUUACGCUUUUUCAUAAUUCAUAAACAAAUCAUGAUAAAAUAAUCAAAAGUAGACAACAACUAGCAUUUAAUAGCAGAAACAAUGUAGAAAACGUGUUUUUAACAUUUGCAGUUGAAAAACCAACAUUUGCAGUUGAAAAACCACAGAAGACUUACUCAAAAAUAUACCAAUGUCAGCCUACAAAAACGCAAUCUUUAAAUAAGUAAAUUGGGAGCCCAUCAAUUUGUUUUCAGGUUCAAAUUAAAAUCAAACUGUACUUUUCACCAUUUAAAUUGUGUUGCCAUUGGUUUCGAGGAAUUAAGUAUUUGAUUAAAAAGAGUUGAUUUUCAAUUUUUAACCAAUCCUUAAGAAUAGCAAAUAGAUUCCUGUCGAAAAUGAGAUAAUGUAUUAAACUUGAUGUAUAACAAGCUUAUGGAAAUAUUUCAAUAAGGAUAGCUUUUGGGCCCUAUAAGAUCAAGUUCAACGCCACUCUUAUUAAAAAAGAAUAAAAGGUUUCCAGUCGAUAACUAGAGUAAGGAAUCAUAUACUGUAACAAAACUUGGUAUCUAGCAAAUUUAUGUGGAUACCUCAGUUAGGAUAGCUU